UUGUGGGUGAGUUUGUUUACGUUUAAAAUUAAGUGCGAUCGCCGGAUUAUUGAUUGAAUAAAUAACAUCUUGGUUUUAAAAACUAUUGUUGCUUUAAAAUGCUUGUGAUAAAUUGGUUGUUGCAGCGCAGGCCAACAUAUUACUUUGUUCGACACUUUGCAUCCAAAGCUAGUGAAAUUGUGACAAACGUGGUUCCUUCUAAUAAUCUGGAAGCGCAAUUAGACCAAUCGUUACUUUGUCAACAUUCUGUAUUAGAUCAUGUCAAGCAAAGUUCCUUGGAUAUAUAUCCUAAUACUAACCCAGCGUUCAACUUUGCCGCUUACGUCAACAAAUCAGAAUCAUUGCAGCAACUCCUGAAUCUUGGUGUAGACCUUCAUAAGCUAGAAAAACGUAAAGGAAUACCUCAGUAUGUGCUACAAUUGGAUUUUGAACGAGACAUGAAACAGCAUCUACAAUUUCUUACGGAUAUAGGAAUAGCUGCGACAAACCUAGGGGAAUUCCUUACUAAAAAUCCACUAAUAUUCAAGGAAAAUUUGGAAAAUAUGGGAGUUCGCAUAAACUAUUUGCAUUCGAAAAAAUUUAAUCUAGAUCAAAUAACGAGAAUCGUUUAUAAGAAUCCUUUCUGGCUGAUGAUAAAUACUCGACGGAUAGAUAAACGGCUAGGAUUUUUUCAACAAACAUUCAAAUUAAGCGGUGAAGAAGUACGCUCAUUAACUGCCAAACAACCGCGAAUUAUCACGUACAAUUUGGAGCACAUACAACAAAAUACUUUUGUCAUCAAAGAAGAAAUGGGCUUUGAUCAACUAGAAAUGAAACACUUGUUAUUGAGUAAACCAAAACUAUGGAUGAUAAAUCGAGAUAAGCUCAUGUAUCGAUUCGAAUAUAUACAUAGACAAAUGCUGGUAUCUCAUUCAGAUAUAUUGAAAACUCCAGAGAUUCUUCAAGCUCGUGAUCACAGAAUAAAACAACGUCAUGGCUUUUUGAAAUUUCUCGGUAAAGCGCAAUAUGACCCUAGAAAAGAAUUGUAUGUUUCCUUAAAAUCGCUGGUGGAAGGAACUGAUGAAGAGUUUGCUUUCUAUGUUGCGAAAUCAAACAUAAGUUGUUAUAACGAUUACCUUAAAACACUGUAGCUAAAUUGCAAUAAAUUUCCUUAUGAAGAAGUGAAAGUGGAUAGUUAGGAUUAGUAUUAUUGUCCCUAUUAGCUAAUUUUGCCAAGUUCAAUUUUACGCUUCAGUGCAUGAAUCGAAGUGAACAACAAAGAAUCAAUAAUUCCAGCAACUGUAAAUAUUCCACCUAUUAUCGCGCACAAAUUUGUUGCGAAAUGACUAAAUGAGCUGAAAUAAAAAGAAGUUCAUUAAUUAUUUAACACAA